AUGGCAAUUUUGCUAGUCAACAUAACCGAGAAAGGGCGAAAGAGAUUAUGCGAUGUGCUGUUGACUUUGCACUGGUUGUGCGCAAUGUGCGGGAUGUCAAUCAUCGUGGUGGGACUCUACAUCAGAAUCCGUAUAGCGGCCAAGAUGAAUCUCGUGGAGGGAUACAACGGCAACACUCUGCCUCUUAUGCUUAUCUUUGUCGGUGCUUGCACCGCAGUCAUUGACCUGGCUGGAGGAAAGCUAUGUAAUAGUGUUGGAGACCUUUCCAGAAGACAAGUUCUAAGACGUCUCCUUCUACCCUACCUCCUUCUCCUUGUCUGUUUGAAUGUCUGCAUCUUCAUAUCGGCUUGUACAUGCUUCGCCAAUCGACGUCAACUCCACCACUCCUUUACUGCAGGCCUAGGCAAAGCCAUGGACAACUACAAGGAUAACAGCACAGCGAAGGCAGAGAUCGACCGCUUACAGAUUGAGUUCGAGUGUUGUGGAAACAGCGGCUACGAAGAUUGGUUCGAUUUACAAUGGAUUUCUAACGAGUUCUUGGACAUGGAAAACAGCAACGUACAAAGCAAAAUUAGCGACGGGAAGUACCUGAACGACGACGUCCCGUACAGUUGCUGCAGUUCUAAUUCAGCCCGUCCCUGCAUCCACCAUCACGUUCAUGACAAUGAACAACACUUCAAAUACGACUACCGCACCGGACUUACUCUCCACAGAAGAGGCUGCAAGACCGCCCUCAUGGACUAUUUCAAUGUCAGGCUGAAUCGAAUUGGUUUGAUGAUCAUGCUGAUAUUCCUGAUUCAGACGAUAAUUUUCUUGCUACUUCGCUAUCUCCAAACGUCCAUCAGUAACGCCUUCACCAUGGGUGAUCCAGAGAAGACGGCCCCUGGGUGGAUACUAGACAAACUUCCCUUCUCAGACACUGAAAGUUCCAAACCAAAAAAGAGAAAGCCCAAGAAAAAAGACGAUGUAGAGGAUCAGGAUACUGAGAGUGAUGAAGAGAGUUUCGGUAUUGAAUACUCACCGCAGGGACCAGACUGGAAUGAAGAGGAGAGACCCCUCGCUCAGAAGGAACCCCGAGGUGGGGAACUCCCAGAACUCCCAGAACGGCCACAAUUUGGGCACAAGAACAAGGGGGAAAAGAGUUCAAAACCCGACAAGAAUUCAAGGUCAGACAAAGCCAAGUCAGAUAAGAAUUCGAGGUCGGACAAGAAUUCGAAGUCAGGUACGAAUUCGAAGUCUGAUAAAAAUUCAAAGUCAGAUAAGAGUACGAAAUCAGACAAGGGACCAGCUAAGCAAUCUGGAGGGUCGCCGCAGAAAUCUCCCGCAUCAACCAAGAAGUCUCCUGGAUCAACCAAGAAGUCUCCUGGAUCAACCAAGAAGUCUCCUGGAUCAACAAAUAAAUCUCCUGGAUCAACAAAGAAAUCCCCUGGAUCAACGAAGAAAUCAACUGGAGCAAAGAAAUCUCCAGGAUCAACUAAGAAAUCUCCAGGAUCAACAAAGAAAUCGACAGGAGCAAAGAAAUCUCCAGGAUCAGCAAAGAAAUCUCCAGGAUCAGCUAAUAAAUCGACAGUAGCAAAGAAAUCUCCAGGAUCAGCUAAGAAAUCUCCAGGAUCAGCUAAGAAAUCGACAGGAGCAAAGAAAUCUCCAGGAUCAGCUAAGAAAUCGACAGUAGCAAAGAAAUCUCCAGGAUCAGCUAAGAAAUCGACAGGAGCAAGGAAGAAAUCCCCGGGUGGAAAGAAGAAAUCUCCGCAUGGAAAGAAGAAAUCUCCGCAUGGAAAGAAGAAAUCUCCGGGUGGAAAGAAGAAAUCUCCGGGUGGAAAGAAGAAAUCCCCGGGUGGAAAGAAGAAAUCUCCGGGUGGAAAGAAGAAAGUCCAUGCUGGAAAGAAGAAAUCCCCGGGUGGAAAGAAGAAAGUCCAUGCUGGAAAGAAGAAAUCCCCGGGUGGAAAGAAGAAAGUCCAUGCUGGAAAGAAGAAACACCCGGGUGGAAAGAAGAAAGUCCAUGCUGGAAAGAAGAAACCGCCGGGUGGAAAAAAGAAAUGCCAUGUUGGAGGCAAGAAACCAAAGGGGCCGAAGAUGAAGAGUAAGAACAAUAACAUUGAAGACGAUGAUUCCGUAUACUGGAGCGACUCAUCAUCAGAUGACUCGGAUUACUCCGGAUCUGAUUGCUCGCUGACUCCACUGCUCAGCCUUUCCAAUAACCGGAACGAGGUGAUGUAUGAUUCAAAGUUAACCUCGAUACAACGGAGGUCCAGAAGGUUCCGGAUACCAGAAACGGCUUACAUUGAAAUCGAGGGAACGAAACGUCUCCACGGGGGUUUCUUUAAAGGAGAACGAUGCUGA